CUGGAACCAAACGUGCCGUUACCUUCUCCGAAUCAUUUGAAACGAAAAAUUCUCAUCAAAAAUAAACGUCUGAAAGCGGAUAUUGAAAAAUUGCAAAUGGAGCAAUUCCUUCGUGAGGGGAAACUGGAUGAAGAGGACGAACUGACUGAGACACCCGAGGUGGUUGUCGGCGAGGAUGCCGGUUCGCCUCGUAAGUGA